CGGCGGCAGGGGCGGCGGCGGUAGCGGCGCAGCUCCGUUCUCCGCGCGUCUCGCGUCCCCGCGUCCGGACAGGGCGCGCAGCCCCGCCGCCGGGAUGCGGCCGCCUGCCCGCCGCGGCCGCCGUCUGGCGCUCCCGGCACUGCUCUCGCUGCUCACCUGCUCCCUGGCUUUUGCUUUGGUUUCUAAAGAUGUGAAGAAGGAGGUCAAACAGUCUAAGAAUUUGGAGAAAAGUGGUAUAUCAGAGAAAAAUGACGUAGAUUUAAAAGGAAUUGCAUUUGUCAUCCAGAGUCAAAGUAAUUCUUUUCAUGCAAAGAAAGCAGAACAGUUAAAACAAAGCAUCUUAAAGCAAGCUGCAGAUCUUACCCAGGAAGUCCCCAGAGUCCUCCUCCUUCACCAGCUGGCUCAGCAGGAAGGCGCGUGGACCAUACUUCCAUUGUUACCGCACUUUUCUGUAACAUAUAGCAGAAAUUCAUCAUGGAUUUUCUUCUGUGAAGAAGAGACAAGAAUACAAAUUCCACAACUCUUACAAGCACUCAGAAGAUAUGACCCAUCAAAGGAAUGGUUUUUAGGAAAAGCAUUACAUGACGAAGAAUCUACAAUAAUUCACCAUUAUGCCUUUUCCGAAAAUCCUACAGUUUUUAAGUACCCAGACUUCGCUGCUGGCUGGGCCCUUAGUAUCCCACUGGUAAACAAGCUUACCAAGAGAUUGAAGAGCGAGUCCCUGAAAUCCGACUUUACAAUAGAUUUAAAAUAUGAGAUCGCUCUCUACAUCUGGGACCGAGGUGAUGGACCGCCCCUCACUCCUGUGCCUGAGUUCUGUACAGACGGGGCGGACUCUUCCUGUGCCACCACAUUUCAUUCUUUUCUACCACUUUGCGGAAAUCCAGUGAAGAAGAAGGAUAUUUUUGUUGCAGUAAAGACAUGCAAGAAAUUUCAUGGUGACAGAAUCCCCAUCGUAAAGCAGACUUGGGCGGGGCAGGCAGGUCACAUCGAAUACUACAGCGAUUACGCAGACAGUUCUGUUCCGACGGUGGAUCUGGGAAUUCCUAAUACAGAGAGAGGUCAUUGUGGAAAGACAUUUGCCAUUUUGGAAAGAUUUUUGAAUCACAGCUAUGACAGAAUAGCAUGGUUAGUCAUUGUGGAUGAUGACACAUUAAUAAGCAUCUCCAGGCUCCAGCACCUGCUGAGCUGUUACGACGCCAGUGAACCCGUGUUUCUGGGAGAGCGUUACGGCUACGGCCUGGGCACCGGCGGCUACAGCUACGUCACAGGAGGAGGAGGGAUGGUCUUCAGCAGAGAGGCAAUCAGGAGACUUCUCGCCAGCAAGUGUCGCUGCUACAGCAAUGACGCUCCAGAUGAUAUGGUCCUGGGGAUGUGCUUCAGUGGGUUAGGAGUCCCUGUGACACACAGCCCUCUCUUCCAUCAGGCUCGGCCUGUGGAUUACCCUAAGGACUACCUAUCUCACCAAGUUCCCAUAUCGUUCCACAAGCACUGGAACAUCGAUCCCGUGAAGGUCUAUUUCACAUGGUUGGCACCCAGUGAGGAAGACAGAGCCAGGCAGGAGACACGAAAAGGCUUUAAAGAAGAGUUAUAAAGCAUGGUGGCCUGUGGGCACAGGCAGGACACAGAAGCAGAGACUGGCAUUGUCCUGCUGUGCUGGAUCACACCGCUUACGUGCGACAUGCAGCAUCGGAAGCUUCCUGACUUUCGGUGGACGUUAUUAUACGGUAAUUUUUGAGUUGAGGGUGGGGAAGGAGUCAUAGGGAAAACAGAGAGUUUUGUUUUCUGGGGAAGAUCACUUGCUUUAGCAUUAUGCAGUUAUUGUGAUACACAAUGAUCACGGUGUAUCUUUCAAGCUGUGAAACAGCUUUAUUUCUGUCAUAGAAAAAUAAAUGGUACCAGAAUUUUC